AUGGCUGAGACGGCAGCGGCCGGUGCGCCGCGGCGCCGUGUGGUUGUGCUUUAUGGCUCGCAAACCGGAACCGCGGCCGACGCGGCUGAGGCCGUAGGUCGUCGAUUGGAACGUUACUGGUUCGAGACCCACGUGCAGCCGAUGGACGAGUACGACAUCAAGAACAUGCUGCAGGAGCGGUACAUGGUCUUUGUCUGCUCAACAACCGGGCAGGGUGAGACCCCAGACAACAUGCGCCGCACUUGGCGCUUCCUUUUGCAGAAACGAUUGCCGGCCACGGCACUAGCCCACCUCCAGUUUGCCUGCUUUGGGCUGGGCGAUUCCAGCUACGCAAAGUUCAACUUUGUCGCCAAAAAGUUGCACAAGCGUCUUCAGACGCUGGGUGCCCAGCCAUUUGUGCCGCUUGGCUUGGCCGACGAUCAGCACCCGCUCGCCGUGGAGGGAGCACUUGAGCCCUUUGUUCAAAGCGUCCUUAAUCACCUAUUGCUGGUCAUGCCCCUGGCCCCCGGCCAAGUCCCAGUGCCAUUGUCUCGCCUUCUGCCCCCGCGAUACACAAUUACGGACACCAAGCCGGCUCCUAUCUGGGCACCAUUGACCCCAGACACUGUGCCGACUCGAGAACAGCCGCUGAGCACACAAUUCCUAUGGAACAAGCGUGUCACACCCCAAAGUCAUUUUCAAGACGUGCGACACGUGGCUGUGGAUAUCAGCCAGCAGCCUGGCCUCACGUACCGUCCCGGUGAUGUGGCUUAUAUCAUGCCUCAAAAUCGACGGGCUGUUGUGGAUGAGCUUUUGGCCUGGAUGGGCGUGGACGGUGACGUCGUGCUAGAGCUGCAGCAACGACGGGAAGAUAGUCCAUUGCCCACUCGCCUUCGUGGACGGCCACGGGCCACGUUGCGCGAAAUUCUGACGCACGAUCUGGAUAUCCAAGCAGUACCCUUUCGCUAUUUCUUUGAGCUUCUCAGCUGCUUUGCGCCCGCUGAGCAUGAGGUGGAACGCUUGCGAGAGCUUUUGCUGCCCCAAGGACAAGACGAGCUGCUGGAUUACUGCCACCGUAUGCGUCGUACCAGUUUGGAGGUCCUUCGUGACUUUCCCAGCACGCAAGGUCACUUGCCCCUCGAGUACUUGUUUGACCUCUUCUCGCCGCUACAGCCCCGCGCGUUUAGUAUCGCAUCCAACCCAGUGGUGCAUGCAGGGCGGCUUGAGUUUUGCAUUGCCAUCGUCAAUUAUAAGACACGCAUGACUGUCCCGCGAGUGGGCGUCAUGACGUCAUGGCUUGCCGCGUUGAAUUCAGAGGAGCAGCUUGCCUCUACAACGGUCGCUGUAUGGGUACAAGCAGGCACGUUACGAGUACCGCCUCCAGAACAGCGGCUCAUCUGCAUCGGGCCUGGCACGGGUGUGGCGCCUUUCCGCUCUCUCCUGCUGGAUCCACUGCGUCAGGCUGCGGCCAAGCACAAUGUGUUGAUUUUUGGCAACCGAAACCGGGAAGCUGACUUUUUAUUUGGAGACGAGUGGCUUGCACAAGCUCGUGAACACGGUCUACACCUCUUGCUGGCAUUUUCGCGCGAUGAGGGCAAGAAGCAGUAUGUUCAGCAUGUAAUGGCAGAGCAUGAAGCACUCUUGUGGGAGUCUCUUCAGGCUGGCGCAUCGAUUCUGUUGGCCGGCAAUGCCAACCAGAUGCCCAAGGCAGUCCGCGACGCCUUCCUUGAUACCGUACGCCGCAAAGGAGGCUUGGAUGGAGCUGCUGCGGAAGCUUACGUGGCUCAGCUUGAGAAAACAGGCCGGUAUCAGGUUGAGACCUGGUCGUGA